UCUUUUGAGAAAGUGCUUUAUUUUGGGUAUUCUUAUAUUGUUGUAAAUAUUUUUGCAUAAACAAACAUAUACAGCUAGAUAUUGGCCAAAUUACUCUUGUUUAGUAUAUCUUAAAAAUUUCAACAUAAGGUGUUUCUGCAAUGAAUUGGAGAUGCUGCGAAGGAGGAAGAGGAUGACAUCAGCCCUUAUAGAGAUCGGGAAACGAGAAUACAGGCGUCGGAGAGUGACGUGGCGCUGUCAGCUUAGCAAACCCACCAACUCCGCCAUGGACGUCUUUUUCAGUUUCCACUAAACUUGCCUCACGUACAUUUCAGACUUUCGAUAUAAGUACCAAAAAGUCUCAACCGUAUUAUUAGCAAUAUAUUUCAAUUUACACAUAUAUCUAAUCUAUUAAAAGUGAAGUACAAAUAGGAAAUACCCCUAACUUUUCCUAAAAAAUUACAAUCUCAUGCCACAGAAAUAAUAAAUAUUAAUUAACUAUAAAUCAAUUAAUACAUUUAUAACAAAAUAAUUGGAUUAUUCGCUUACCAAAAAAACUUCACGUGUACAUAUACACAAUCCUUAACAAUAAUAAUAAACCAAUUGGUUUAUAGAUAUGUAUCUAAAAUUAUACAAACCUUCACGAUUGGUUGGUUUAUACCUAUAUGGCUAUAUCUAACAUUUAUUUCAUGAUCGAAUGAAACCUGUGCGCUGAGAGAGUAUAAACAAACUUAUACGAACAAUAACAUCAACAAGUUUACAAAAAAAAAAAAAACAAUAACAUCAAAACCUUUGUUUGGUCACAAUAAAUAUAUAACUUAUAAGUUAGUAUCAUGUUUUGUGUAUGACAAUAAAAUACAAUAAAAACGAACCGUUUCUGAAAUGUUGUAUAGUGUUACACACUCUUAUACAAACAAAAAUGUUUACUGCAAUUUUUUUUAUAGUUAGUAUUAAAAUUUAUGACACGUUUGAUUUUCUUUUACUAUAUUUAAAUUGUAAGAUAAAAAAUCAGUUAUUGAGAUUCCUUAAAAUAAGGUGACUACAUUUAAACUAAUUUGAAGAUUAAAAUUGUUUUCAACUAUAGAUUUUCACGAGAUAUUAAUAUAGACCAUAUCUUUUUUAUAUAUGUACCUGACAAAACAAAAGAGUCACGGCUGAACCAUUCUAACAAACCGAUCCAACUAAUGAAACAAUGCAUAUCAUUUUGUUUGCCUAAAUAUCUAAAAGCAAUUUACUAACAUGUAAACAUAGUUAAAAUAACAUGAUCGAUCUUAAUUUUUUUUUAAAAAAAUUAAAAAGUUAUCCGUGCGGAUGCACGGGUCAAAAUCUAGUAUAUAUUAUGUGUAAUGUGUGUUUUAUGGAGAUACACGUUGAGCAAAAAAAAGGUUUUGUGAAUAUUUGCCGACACGGAUGUUGAUAGGCUUCACGGUGGAGUGUGUAACCACCGGUGUUUGUAAAACUAAUGUUUAAAACAUUAUAAAUUAAAGUAAAAUUUAUGGUACACUUUGGGAUAAAAGAGAGAUGGAGAUAACGACUGAAAGAAACUUGAGGGUUCUCCAAAGUCACUUCGUGGCAUUUCUUGUAAUUCUCUAUAUUUUUCCGAGGGGUAUUGAGGAAAUAUGAAACUAUAAACGUUUGUAAGAUUUUUUUCAUUUUACUUUAAUAAUGUAAAGACAAUGAAUAAAACGUACCAUUCGCAGCUCUUGUUCCCUUUAUAUAAAGAUAUAGAAAUGUUUUUCUUUCAUCCAACCGAGCAAAAUGUUAAUUCACACAAGAAGAAAAGUUAGACAACCUUAAACACUGAUAGAACAAUUUGCUUACCCUAAAUUAUUUAGUCCUCUUUUACUUUUUUUUUCUUUUUAGUUCAGCUCAAUUUAAUUUUGUUUCAUUCAGAAUAAACUUUAUAGAAAACAUUUCCCGUUGGAAUUAAAUAUUAGCCAAUAGCACUAUAUAUAGCAGUAACCACAUUAAUUAACGCCCAGAUUCAAGAGGUCGAGGUUGACUCGUUCAGGAAUAAAGAUUUGUAAGAGGUUGCUAAUUCAGUGGAGAAUGAUAUUUUUUGUCCAAGGGGACUACAAUACAUACUCCAUUAGUUUCUUAAGGUACAUAUUUUAGAAAAAAAUUUUGUUUCAAAAAAAUCUAUUUUUUACUUUUUUCAAUGCAUGUUUUAUUAACUAAUUGCAAACUUAAAAAAAAAAACUUAAUUGUACUAAUUGAUUUUUUAUUGGCUAAAAAUUAUUGAAAAAAAAUAAACACAAAAAAUUAUGCAAAUUUAAUGUAUUUUAUUAAAAUGUGUGAAAAAUAUAGAAUAUGGAUCUUUUAGGAACAAAUGGAGUAUUUAGAAACUUGAUGUGAUUUGUUCAAAAAAAGGAAACUUGAUGUGAUAUUUUAAUUUUCAUAGAUAAUUAAGUAAACUAAAGUGCAGCAAUUUUACAAAAAGAAAAUUUUUUGAGUAAAUAUUGUUGCUGUUAUUUACAAAUUAUGCAAGGAAAAAGACAGUGGAUAUGUAUAACAUCGUUUAUAUUAGUAAGUAGUGAGUUAAUGCUUCUCGUCUGAGAUAGAACAUCGUUUAUAUUAGUGAGUUAAUGCUUCUCGUCUGAGAGAGACGCAUAACUGUACGUGUAUACAUGUAUUUAAGCUGUUUUUUUUUGUUAGUUGUCAUACGGUUGCCAUUUUUCUUCGUGCUUUUCUUUAUCCUAUAUUAGGAGAUGAUAUAAUAUAUUAGUCCAUCAUACCAGUCAAUAGAUCUAAUCUAUAUAGAGUAAGCACAUAGAUACAAAAUCAACAAUAAUAACGCCCAACAUUUCAGUCAGCACAGUUUUUACUCAACAUAAAAAUAAUUUAAGCGUGUGAUUAGAAGGUACUUUUGGCGAUAAUGAAAUAGAGUGAACAAUAUUUGAGCCACUCUAUUUUUUAACCAACAUAUGAUUUGUUUUCAGCCCAUUUAUGCCAAAAGAAAAUAAAAAAUGGAAUCAUCUAUUACUCAACAUUAUAGAGAGAGGAAAUUUUACUCUGAAUUUUGCUUCUCUUACCUCCUUUUUCACCUUUAUUUUCCCACCAUUUUACUCUAGUUAAUACUUAAUAUUUAAAAAAAAAACACUUAAUAUUUAAUACCAAUCUGUGUUUCAAAAAAAAGAAGUUAAUAUCAAUCUAAGAGAUAGGGAAGGGUAGCAAAGCUAAAAAGUCGAGGUCGUGUAGGUUGCUCUAUUGAUUGGCCCUUGAGAAGCUCUUGGAUCGAGGAGUAUUACCAGGUCCUAGGUUUGAGUUCUAUCGGUAGCGGAAGUGGAUAAAUUUAUCUGUUUGGAUUCCUAGUCCAAAAUGACUAUAGACCGAAGGUCUAAGAUACUUCGGUUACAAAAAAAAAAAAAAGUGAAGGAACUAUAGAAGAGAAGGUGAGACAUCGGUAUCACACAGUCAUGGAGAUCAGAUGAGGUACAAUAUUUAUAUACACACAUACGCAUUACUCUUGUUUUUGGAUUUUCUUAAAUGUACGUAUGCAUGCUGUAUGGAUUACGUUCACGCACAUGCGUUUGUAAGUUACAUAACUAGAGUAUGUGCGACUAUAUGUAUCGUGUGUGCAUAUUAAUGUACAUGUAAGUAAAGAACUAAUGCACAUACACAUGUUUCAGACAAAUAAAAACUAUAAUAAAAAAUGUUAAACAGACAAUCAAUAAAGUUAAUGUCAUACUAAUUACAUCGAAAUUAAAGUUUAUACAGAAGCUAUAAAAGUGGAUAGGCAGUUGUAUAAGAAAUCAAAAGGAGUAGAGACAGAGAUACGAAGGGAGGGGUAAAUAUGUAGAUGUGGAGACAUGAAUAAUGUACAAACACACAAACAAUGAAUGUUGAAUGCUAGGGUUCCGGAUGCAACGUGAUUGUGUCGCUAGUCGUAGUGACAGUUCACGAGAGGACAACUUUAUGUUGUUUCUUCCUCUUUUUUCUCUUUCUAUGCAAUUAUUUAUUGCACCAGAACUAAAUUACAUCAAUCUCACUACACAACAAUAUUUAUACCAGCGGUACGUGGUGGUUACCUUUAAAUAUUUUGAAAAUAAAAUAAAAUGGAGAAACUGGUUUAAGCAUGGGAGUGACCACAUAUUGGAUAUAAACUGCUGUAAUUAUUUGAACAGAUACAACAGCUAAUAUAUAAAUUUGACAAAGAUGCUUUAGACACCGAAAUUUAAGUACUUUUAAAAAUUAAUUAAUUGUUUAAAUUUAUGAGGAACAUGAAAAUUAAAACAUCAUCUCUAGCUAAUAAUAAAAAAUAUUAAUGUUAUAGUCAUUAUUACCAAAAAGUGUCAAUUAUUACAGAUCACAUGAAUAUCUCUUUUAUAUUUCAAACUCGUUAAACAGUACGUAGCGAGUGAUCCCUUUCAAACAAAGCUUCCAUGAUAUGUGGCGGAGCCAGUCUAAUCUUUUAAGAGGGUCAAAUUCAUAAUUUGUAAAGUUCAAAAAUAAAAAUAUCAUAAUUUGUAUAUAUUACAUGGGUCAACAUAUCCCAAAAUACAUAAAAAUUCUUACUUUUAGUAAAAAUACAUGUAAAAUUUCAUCGCAAUGAAAUUUCUUAGUUUUAGUAAAAAUACAUAAAAAGUUCUAACUGUAUGUAUAUAUAUUGAAGAUUAAAAGACACAAAUGCUCUGGUGUCAUUUCAUUGCUUUUUCCUCAAAUUAAUUUCAGUAUAAGACACAACGACACCAAUUCAUCUUCAUCUUAUGAUUGGUACACUACCAAUAUAAUCCAUGCCUCAUACGUUCACAUGUACAAUCCUUAUUAUAAACCAUUUUUUGAUAAAUAUCCUUCUUAUAAACCAUCGUACCCCCAGUUUUGUUUAUUUAUUUAUCGCUAAUUCAAUCUUUGCUUUAAACCCCGAACUAAUUAACGUGCAUUUUGGUGUACUGACGUUCUAUAAAUGAUAUCGAAUAUUUAGAUACCAGCGCCCAACACAGUGGAAGGGUAAGGAGAUAGAAUAUAAUUCUCCAUUAUUUUGUGAUGACCAAAUACAACGUCCGAAGAAACAAAACAAACAAUUAAGAACGCAAUAUAAUAAGUUAAAGUAACACAAUGAAAAUAAUAAUUACUGAACACUAAGCAAGAUCAUUAAACGAUUUAACGAAUAUAAAAUAAGAAUAAAAUCAUAGGGAUCCCUAACCAUAUAUAUAUAUAUAACUGAUUCAAAACUAUCACUAUUUUAAACUAAUCAACCUUGUUAUUACCUAAAAUUAGUAAGCUUAAUUUGAUUAGCAUCUAGAUGAUGAAAACCAUUAGUUACAAAGUCUAUUAGGUAAAAGAAAAGACUGCUACGUUGGACAUGGUUAUCCUCAGCGUCCCAAUAUAUUGUACCAGCAAUGAGGAACUUGACGAGCUGCGACUCGAUCGGAUCCCAUUCCCAUCUUCAAUUUCUAUAGGGGAUUUAGUUUUACGUCGCGAGAUGAAAGCUUGUGGGAUUCGCAUGAUUUUUACUAGAAUAAAUCAAUUACUAGUGAUGAGAAAUUAAUUUUUAGGUUACACUAUUAAUAAAUUAUUGAUUGUUUCAAUGAUAAAUAUUGCUUUUUAUAUUUUUUAUUUUUAAUAAGAACUAAUUACAUUUUAGGAAAAGUUAGACGACCAAAGAGAGUGUGGCCGAGGAGGACAUGAGAGAAAACGACGGCCAUGGAAGGACCUAAGGUUAUUUACGGGGAGAUAAGGAAUUCGGGGAGACCAACUUUGUUGUGAUUUCGCCAACAACAAAUCAAUUAUUUUGGGUUUUUCGACUUAAUUGAAUAACGUUUAUUAGUUUUAUUCUCAUAAUUUUAAAUCAAUCUUGGCCACACAAAAUAAUAUUAGAAAAGUCUGGAUCUUUAAUUCAUAAUUUUUUUUUAUUAUUGGAGCUAAUAUUAUGCGGUGGAUUUAUCAUUCCUAAAUCAUCCCUUUUAACUAUGUCAUUGGAUUUAAAGUUUAUUUCAGUUGAAAUUGAUAUAAGAUUAUAAUCGUUAUAAGGAACUUUGUUUGAUUAUAUCUCGACCAAAUUGUGUUUGCUCAAAAGCUAUGUAUUGUAUUAUCGUCACAUGGGUUUAUCCAUGCCAGUUUUAUUCCUUUCUCUAUCUCUCUAUCAAAACAUGACAGUACAUAUGGCUUUUAAUGCAUAUACAUAUAUGUAUUAUUCAUCAUCGUUUAGUAUAAUUUGUAUCAAUAAAAUUUACCAUAAAUAAAAGAUUAUAGGUGUCGUUGGUUCUCGUAACGUUAAACGUGUAUAUAUACUGAUGUUCAUCUUAAACUGUGUACGAUGAAACGAGACACAUAACGAACAUAUAUAAUGGUUACAUUUAUGUAAAUCACUGUAAUUUGGUUAGGAGAUAAGUAUUACUAUUAUUUAUAGACACGCACACGUCACAGUUCAUAGAAAAAACAAGCGCUAAACUAUUUAUGGAGCUUUUGAACAUUGAAACUGAAUCCAGAAAUAUAUAAUUUUUUUUUUUGAAAAAGAGAAAUAUAUAGUUUAUCGAUCACUAAUUCUUCAUAGGUAUUAUAAAGUUCUAUAUAUUUAUUAACAGAGUUGGUCACUGACAGAAAAACUAUAUCAGUUGCAUAGGCUGUUUUUUUUUUGGCAACGAUUGCAUAGGCUGUUUAAAAUAUGGUUUACGACAUAGAUUAUUUAUUUGUUGAGAAAGAGUAAAAAACUGACCUACUUUUAUAUUAUAUGUAGUUUUUGAUUAAUUAGGUAGACAAAUUUUCGGAUAUCUUAUAAAAAUAUACUAUGAUGUUAAAUAGCAAAUGAUUGGAUAAACUAAUUUUAUUUAUAAUACUCUAAGAAUUUCCUUGUUAAGGCUGCAUGAAAUUAGUUUUUAUUUGUUUACAUAUGUACUUAUAUAUCAAACAUUCUUUUUUUUUUGUAAAUAAAAACUCAAAAUAGACUAUCUACAUAUACUUUAAUUUAUUUAGAGAGAGAUACACAUAAUGCACAAAUGUUUGUAAAAUAUGGGAAAUGAGCAAUAAUAGAGUAUGGGAAGAGCACCAUUUGAUGUUAUGCCGUAUAUGUAUAGUAUAUCGAGAGAAAGAUGGAGUAAAUGUAAAUCAAAUUAAAAUCCGGGGCAAAUAUAUAAACAAAUCUAAAGUGAGGUGGAGAAGAUAAAAUAAAUGAAAAGAAAGAGGAAAGAGGCAGAAGUGGAGCUGCAAAGGCAGUGAGGCAAUCAUUGCUGGUGAAUGUGGAUGGGAGCCCACUUUUUCUUUUAAUUAUUUUUCGUUUAUUAUUUUCUCUCUCCAUUUUGCACACUAUACUCAAGUGUAUCCCUUUUUAUCUACUCAGAGCAUCAUUAACCCAAAAAUUUUAUUAAUAAUUUAUAAUAUUAAAUGUUAUUUAAAAGGCAUAAUUAAAAGAUACCAACAUUUUUAUGUUCCAAUGAAAGUCUCUUAUUUAUAGCUUUUUAAAAAAAAAUUAAACAUUGUAAAAAAAUCCAUUACAAAGCCAAAAGAAAAGUUGUUUGAUAUACUGAAUAAUAUCAUGUAUUAAACAUUGUAACAUUUGUUUGAUAAAUAAAUUUCAUAUUCCAAUAAGAGAAUAUUAAAUAUCCUGUUAUUAUUAAACAUAUAUCCCAUUAUCUACAUGAUAUUAUUCAGUAUAUAAAUGAAUUCAAAUAAGUUUUGACAAAAAAAGAAUUCAAAUAAGUAAUUAGAAAUUCUCAUCAAGGGUUAGUUUCCUUCCAUUUAUUAACAAGAGUCGAGAUUUUUGAAUAAGAAAAAUGUAUAUUUUGAAUAAAAGCUAGAUGUAUUUAUAUAUAUAUAUUAUUAUUUUUGGAAAUUAGGAACAUGAUGGGACAAUAUGGAACAUGAAUUUGUCUAGCCUUGUUGCACAUUCUAGUAAAAUACAUUUAAUUUUAAAAUGAAGUAAAAACAGUGUAUUUUUCACAAUACUGUAGACAAUCUCGAGAAUUUCUGUAAAAACAAAAGCUGGCAAUUCUUGAGAUGUUCUUUUGUUACUGGCAGUAAUGUUUGAAAAAAAGAUUGAUGGUAAACAGAUUCAAUCAAAAUAUGAAAAGGAGAAAUAAAUGUAAAUUUGAGAAAGAUUAAUAACUUGACUUGACUAGACAUGGACCCACAGAUGAGGGAUGAGGCUAUGGUCACUGUCUUUAGAGAGUGAAUGAUGCAGAGGACACGCACGUGGAGUCUGUUUCAACCCCACUGCCUAUCUCUCUUAUUUGUUCAUUUAAUACGCUCAUUUCUUCUUAUUGUUAUUUUAUUACAAAUUCGUAUUUUUACAACCUUAAAAGUAUUUUGACAGAUAGAUGAUUGAUUUACUAUAAAACUGAGAGACUUUGAUCAACCAGAAAUGUCCCGCGAGACUACUAACCAAAACUAUUGGUGUGUCAUCCUACAUUUAUAUCACCACAUGUCUAUUUUAAUUGUCUCCAACCAAAAUAAGAGAUAAAUAACUAAUAUUUUAUGGAAAUAAACUAAUAUUCAAUAUGCAUAUAGGAAUGUCAAACUGAGCAGUGUAUCCUAAUUAUACCCUAUAAAUAAUUAAGUUAUCAAAUAUAAAAUUGAAUCCGACCUUAAAUCGUUUAGAGUUGGCUAACCAGAAUGUUGGGAUCGAAUUAUAUAGUUUUUGAUUAUGUUUAUAUAUGUCGAUUAGUCAAUUUUGUGAUUUUUUUUUUCUGAGGCAAGUUUGAUUCUAGUUUGAGGAAAAGUGGGGGGAGUCAAAUGUGUAUAAAUAGAUAUGUCAGUAGAGAAAAUGACUGAAACGAUUUAACGAGUGAUUAAUUAGUUGGCUGACUUUAUUAUUCAUCAAAUGUUGUGAUCGUUCUUUCUGAUUAGUAAUUGUUAUUAUCUGACAUAUGUCAAAUAUGUACAACGCCUUUUUACAAUUGUUUCUUUUUCCUUUUCUUUUUCGUGUCUUGAUUCUUCAUUUCUUAUAUGUAUUAAAUACUGGCCGAGACUUUUGAUUAUAAGUUAUUGUUAAGAUCCCGAGUGUAACUUACAUAUAUCUAAUAUAACAAUGUUUAGAAUAUAUAGAGAGACGUUUAUUCCCACUAAAACCAAGAAUACUAUUUAUACAUUCGUUGAUUGAAAAUUGAGUAUCAAAAAAUCAAAACCCGAUCAAUUAGCAUCAACACGAAUAUAAUUAUAGGUUGUGGAAAAUUGGUUUGGAAGAAUUCAUAGGGACAAUCAGCUAUGGAAAUGUAUCACCAACACGAAAUAUUAAUAUAUGUACGUUGUAUAUAUUGUUGUUUAAUGUUCCUAACACAUGAAAAUGAGAUACCAAACAUCCUUUAACGACAAUUGUCGGUCUAAAACUGCAAGAUUUUCUAUAGAAAAUUAUUUUUUAUUGGUUGUUCUAUUCCGGUCUGGUUACAUAAACCACUUAUAACUUGAGUAAUAUAAUGGCCUUUCGACAUAAAAAAAACGAUAAUUUUCUAUCAAAUGAGAUAACACCAAUAGCGGAAACAAAGUAGAAGCAACAUAAUUUUCCUAUAUACUAUAUAUAUAUUUAUAUUAUAUAGCACUGUAUUUGGUUUUGUUUUGGGUAUAUACCCUAGAUGGCUAGAUAUAUACCCCCCCUCCAAAAAAAUGUUUCAUAAAAAGGAUGUUGGAUUCUUUCUUUGUCAAAAGUUGGAUUUUAUCAUGUGGAUCUCGUGAUCUACCGUAGAUCCAUGGAUAUGGAUUAAUCACCUGUCAAUAAUAAUUCAAUCUAUUUAUUAUUUUGAUAUCACGUACGUACAAAACAUAUAGUAUAUGUAACUUCUGAGUUCUAGUUCUGAAUCGCUGAAUUUUCGCUAACUGUGCAACUAAUUCUGCGAUCGACAUGAAGUUAACAGUAACGACGAAAACUGACGUCCAUUUUCAAUUAUUGGAAAAAUCGAAAAAGGGUUGUAUUAUUAUGAAAUUUAUGCAUGAAACGCAAUAAAUACAAUUUCUUCUUUUUCCAUUCAUCUCGAUCACUGUACGUUAUAAAGCAAAACAUAUUUAUUUGAAUAAUUGUACAGAAUGAAAAUCACGUAGCCCUAUCUUCUAUUACCACAAAUAACGAAAAAUUCUCAAAGGGAAUACUUUAGAAUGUAAAUAAAAUUCCAAAAAUAAAAACACAAAAGAUAUAAAGCAAAGAAGAAAAUAAAAGUCCAUGCUUUCAUAUUCAUAUCGCUUUAACCAUCUCCCUCUCUCUCUCUCUCUUCUCUCACUCAGACACAGACACACAGCUAAAGCUUCCCAUCUGAAAGGAGUUUCAUGUCCUUAAGGACCAUAUAACCUAUCUCUCUCUAGGAAUAAAAAAAACAGAAGAUAGAGAGAGAGAAACUAUGGCUCACAUAAAGAUCUAAUAGAGACCAUCACAACCCCACCACAACCAUCUUUGAUCAUCAUCAUCAUCAUCAAUAUGGAUCCUGAUCCAGAUCAUCAUCAAAGACCAAACUUCCCUCUCCAGCUUCUUGAUUCUUCUUCCUCCUCUUCCACUUCCUUAGCUAUCAUCCCAUCAGCUUCGUCUUCCGAACCUAACUCCGACCCUAACGUUCUCUCCAAGAAACCACCUCCAAAGCGAACCUCAACAAAGGACAGACACACCAAAGUCGAAGGCCGGGGCCGUAGGAUCCGUAUGCCGGCCAUGUGCGCCGCACGUGUCUUUCAGCUCACACGCGAGCUCGGUCAUAAAUCCGACGGUGAAACCAUCGAGUGGCUUCUCCAGCAAGCUGAACCGGCGGUUAUAGCCGCUACGGGGACUGGAACCAUUCCGGCUAACUUCACUUCUCUUAAUAUCUCACUUCGUAGCUCAAGAUCCUCUCUCUCUGCUGCUCAUCUUCGUACAACUCCGAGCAACUAUUACUUCCACUCGCCUGCGAUGGCUCAACAUCAUCAUCAGCAGCAGCUUCACCAGGUGCGUCCCAAGAAUGAGUCGGAUUCUUGUUCUUCUUCUCAGCUCGUAGAUCACAACCAGAUGGGGAAUUAUCUAGUACAGUCAACGGCUGGAUCUUUGCCUACUAGCCAGACUCCUGCCACGGCGCCGUUUUGGAGUAGUGGUGAUAAUACGCAGAAUCUAUGGGCUUUUCAUCAUUCCGGUGACGUUUACAACACAAGCAGCGGUGGUGGUGGUGGUGGCGGUGGAGCGGGGGGUGGAGGAGGAGUACAUUUGAUGAACUUCCCAGCGCCGUUUGCUUUGUUUUCCGGACAGCCUUUGGCGUCUGGUUAUGGAGGAGGUGGUGGAGGAGGAGGAGAACAUAACCAUUACGGAGUUUUGUCGGCGUUGAACGCUGCGUACCGGCCGGUUCAGGAGACGGCAAACCAGCAAAACCAUGGAGAUCAUCAUCACAACCAUCAAGAAGAUGGAAGCACAAGUCAUCAUUCCUAGGCCAAAAAAACACACACAAACAAUAUAUCUGUGAGAUUUAUUUUAUUUUUUAUGUCCUUUCGUUUGUUUGAUUGUUUUUAAACAAGCGUGUUUUGUUUUGUUUUGCAUUGCCUUUUUCAUAUGGAGUAUUUUUUUUCUUUAUAAACUUCCACGAGUUCUGAUCGAGUUUCAUUAUUCUUCUGAAUAUUGUAUCAAGUACGUAAGAACGUGAUUUUUGAUAUGUUUUAGUAUGUAGCAUUUGUCUUGUGAAAUGUUUUUCUCUUUACUCUUGAGUGUGAUGUGAAGAGUAUUCUAAUGAGACAUAUAUAAUACUUGAUUAGGGUUUCUGAACCA